GGUGGGCCAGGGCUUGAGAGAAGAACAGCAAUCCAGAAAUGAAGGGGAAAUGCUAGUAAACAGCGCCAAUGAGGGACAGUGACAGGAAAGACCGGAUGGUAGAGGAAUAAGGCGAAUGGGGAAGAAAUCGGGGGGCCUAGCCUUCCACUGAAUCCACCUCCCAGAAGGAAGCCUAUCUACUGCAAAGCAGUCCUCCAAACACAGGAAGCAAGAACCUCAUUCCCUGGAGUCUUUCUUUGCCAUCCAGACUAGCCGAGGUCAGUGACUCUAGUCUCAGGGGAAUUAAGCAAACCUACAGCAAGGAUUUGAUAGAAAAAGCAAACUUGGAAACCCGGCUUUUUCUCUCUCUGGGAGCGGUAUUGUUGCACUGAGGAGAAUGGAGACCCAGUUUGUGGCAGCCUGUCUCAAAAUCUUCCUCCUCAUCUACUGCUUUGGCUUUUGUAGCACUGGGGUUAUCUUGUUGGUUUUUGGAGUCUGGGGAAAGCUUACUCUGGGCAUGUAUCUCUCUCUUCUUGUCACAGAUAUUCCGGGUGUGCUCAUUGGAGCUGGUACUGUGAUUAUCAUUUUUGGUUUAUUUGGAUGCCUUGCUGCAUGCCGAGGAAGCCCACGGAUGCUGAAGCUGUACUCGCUGUUUCUGUUACUGGUGUUCCUGACUGAGCUUGUUGCUAGUGUUUCAGGGCUUUUGCUUCACCAUGAGAUCAAGAACAGAUUCCUGAAGAUUUAUACCAAUGCUAUACAGAAUUAUAACAGUAACGACAGGAAGAGCCAGGCAGUGGACCAGGUGCAGUAUAUUCUGAUGUGCUGUGGUGUGAAGAACUACACAGACUGGAACGACAACCCCUACUUCCUGAAUCAUGGUAUUCCCCAGAGUUGCUGUAAGGAUGAAACCGACUGCAAUCCCCAGGAUCUACACAAUCUGACCGCAGCUGCCACCAAAGUUAACCAUAGGGGCUGCUAUGAUCUGAUGGUAGGUUUCUGGGAGGCAAACAUGGCCAUCAUCAUUGGAAUGCUGUUUACAGUCACAUUUUCCCAGUUGAUUGGCGUGAGGUUGUCCUGUUGUCUGUCCCGGGUCAUCAUGACCCAACAGUAUGAGACAGUGUGUAAAGUUUUCCAAGAGAAAUAGAGAAAGAAGCCUGUUUCCAAGAAGAACUACUACAUCCUCUGAAAGACUUGCAAAGACCAUUACUGCACAGAACUCAUCUGCCCUGCUCUCAUGGCUGUCUUCCUCGGGGCCUGUUCCAUACAAGUUGCUGGCACUCCUACCUGAUCUGUGCUCCAACUUUUAGACCACAUGAAGUGUCCUGUUCAUCUCAUGAAGCCCUGCUGUGUUAUACAGUGUAACCACCUGCAGCUAGUCAUAGUGAACCCCACCCUAUGGCCCUGUGCGUGCAAGCUCUUCUUCAUGUAUUGGGUUCAAAUGCAGGUUAUUGUGGGAGACUAGUUAUCACAUCACCACUGGCUUCUUAUGGCCCUGCAUGAAGUAUGGGAGGCUACUAGCCUUUUAUCAUGGUCCAUAAAUGCCACGCACCUUUCUAGAGAUAA